UUUAAAAAAAAAAAAGUGUCAGGACCAGCGACAACGCUGAGCAGACAAACGGCUGAAGAAGAAGAAGAAGAAGAAACGCAUUACGGCACAUGGGAUGCAUUCAUGGCUAUAACGUCGGACGCCAGCGAAGACGACGACGACGACCAGGAUGAUGUCGACAACCGCUCCACCGCUUCCAGCGAUUCUAACGAGCACAACUCAGAUUCGCUCGAUGCGACAAUAGCCAACGAUAGUCACGAGCCUAUUGUACAGGGUGACCUGCUAUCACUGCAGGAUCACGACAAUGCUGAAGAACCGAUAUUAUGGGUUCUUAGGAACGGUGUGUACGUAGAGGCGGAUACCGACGAGGCUGCUGAAGUAUUAGCAGACCUCGAUGAUGAUAAUGAAGAUGAUGAUGAGAAUCCAAACGACGCGGAUACCUACGAAGAAGGUAGCGUAUAA